GGAGCACUGGGGGCCUGUAGGGUCCGAGAGUGUCCGGAUGCAAUCCCGAGGGCCUUAAGACAUCCAAAAUGCUAUGUCACCGUGAUGAGGGGGAUUACCCCAGAACUUGGGGCCAGGAGACCUGCUCCUGGUCCGAGCUCUGCGGACAAGUAGCUGUGUGACCUCAAGCAAAGCCGUCAACGUCUCUGAGCCUUAGUACCCUCGAUUAAGUGGGGCUAACAUCUGGUGUGGGUCCAGUGAGGCAAUCCAAGGGAAAAUCUUCUGUGGGAGGCAGGGUGAAAUCGAUCCCAGCCCCACGGGACUGACGUUGCCAGAGUCUCAGAGAAGUGACUUGCCCAAGAUCUUGCAGCUAGUUUCGGCACGGUGUGAUUGUUGCCGUGGAUUCACGGGCCACAGCUGGUGCUUAUAUUGCUUCUCAGACAGUGAAGAAGGUGAUCGAGAUCAACCCUUACCUGCUAGGCACCAUGGCUGGGGGAGCUGCUGAUUGCAGUUUCUGGGAGCGCCUGCUGGCCCGGCAGUGCCGGAUCUACGAGCUGCGAAACAAGGAGCGAAUCUCCGUGGCAGCCGCCUCAAAGCUGCUGGCCAACAUGGUCUAUCAGUACAAAGGCAUGGGGCUGUCCAUGGGUACAAUGAUUUGUGGUUGGGAUAAGCGAGGGCCUGGCCUCUACUAUGUGGACAGUGAGGGAAACCGUAUCUCUGGAGUCACCUUUUCUGUGGGUUCUGGUUCUGUUUAUGCUUAUGGGGUUAUGGAUCGGGGCUACUCAUUUGAUCUAACCGUGGAAGAGGCCUAUGACCUGGCCCGAAGAGCCAUCUACCAGGCCACCUAUCGGGAUGCCUACUCAGGAGGUGUGGUCAACCUCUAUCAUGUCCGAGAGGAUGGCUGGAUCCGAGUCUCCAGUGACAAUGUGGCUGAUCUGAAUGACAAGUAUCAGGGAGCUGCCCUCUGAAGGAAGUGGGUGGGGGGGUUGCUUUUUGGGUUUCUUGGGGUGACUAAUAUUUUAUGCCAGAGAGGCAUAGUUCACCAUCCAGAACUGGAAAGGGAUCUGGCUGUUUUUCCUGUCUAGGACUUGAUUGUUUUUUAACGCCACUCUUCACUGACCUCUGUAUGUUACUGAUUUGUUAAUAAGCUGCUACAGAAGCAAUUGUUCAUUUUACUUUGUUGUUAACAUUAUACAACUCAACCCCA